CGGGUUCCUCGGCCGUUUGGGUACUAGCGGGUCUGCGGGCUGCACAGGGCACGAACACAAAGUCCUUUCAGGAGGAAGAACAAGCGAAUGAGAAAGAAAGAGAAAUAACUGCCUUCACCACCAUCGUUACUGCAAUAUUUCUCAACAUCAACAGAAGUACAACAUAAAAGGACAGGACACGGUAGUGUUCCAAGAACAAUUAAAGAAGUGUCAAGCUCCCGGCAGAAAAAUAAAUUUAACAAGAGGACAGAAAGAAGAACGACGAGGAUGUGGACAGAAAAGCUGCUGGUGGUAGCUGCAAUCUUCUUAUCGAGUGCCUGUGCUGGACACAUCAACAUCAACGAAAGGCGAGAGCCUCCACAACUUGUGCGCAAGCUGGACCUGAUAACCAAACAGCUGAGGUCAUUAUCCGGGUCCUUGGAGGAUCUCGACUCCGAUCUGCGACGUGCUUUGUCCCUUGAUUCAUCUGGAAACGAGAAAAGAGCGGAUGCUACCGAUUCCAGCUCGUGUACCGGCUUUAGAGACAGCAUCUGUCAGGCCAUGGAGCUCCUGAAAUACCUGGACUCGCAAAACGGUUACCUAGGCAAUCCCGCGUCACCCGGAAAACGUUCAGCGGACGUCACAAGUCUGGCUAAAUACCAAAGGAUACUGAGUGACAUGCGGCAGAAGCAGCGAGAGGUAGAGAGUCUGCACAACGUCAUCAACACUGCAGGCCACGUGAUGGAGAGACAAAAGAAGUGGUUCAGCUGUCACCUAAAUCUUGGCUUCACGUGUCAGACUCAAGAAUAUGCCGACAUUGCUGACUACUACGACUUCCUGAACUCUGCGGAGAGUCCUGGCAAGAAGAGAGCAGUUUUAAUCCCUCAAAGUCCAUAACGGCAUCACGUUACACAAGAAGCUAUCUGAAAAGUUUUAAAAGUGAAAAGGAGACAAUAAAAUAAAGACAUUGUUUCCAGUCAGUACACCUUUUUGUGUCAACAUGUUUGUUAAUGUUUUCGUGGGAUACAUUGUGCACCUUCUUACCCUUCAUUCGAAAAGUUCAUUUUCUGUGAACUAAGGAAGAUUUCUAAGGAUCUCGUGUGUAUCUACAGAAAACUUUCACUAAUGUAAAUUAAAGAAAAAAACCCACUGUAAACCGUAUAAACGAGUCUUCCUACACUCACACACUAGAACCAAAGAUACUAAACACAUCCAGUGAUAGCAACUGCAAACGGAAUGAAGUUAUCACUCUUCUAACUCUAUGCCAUGCCCUGCAUACUUAUUAACAACACGCACGCGCAUGCAGACAUGCACACGGGCAUACAUAUACACAUAAACUGCAGUCUUUUUCUUUUCUGCUCUAUGUCAGUCUAUCCCAAUUAAUUAUUUGAAUCGUCUGAGUUUUUAUUAUUUUAUAAUACAAUGACAUAUUUCGAUCAUAUCUUGCCAGGUUCCAGUCCAGUAUAAGUAUGAUCUUCGGAUCGUCUUAAUAGAAGUAACCGAAGACACACAUACGCAUGCAUAACUGCGUCCUCAAUUUAAAACAUUUCCAACAGCUUGUAGUAAAUACUGGCUAAAGAAUUCAAGCAGUUCUUUGUAUUUGAUUUUACAAGAUAGCAGAUUGAUAGACAAGUGUAAGAGUGAAUGUAUGGCUUCUCUGUAGUAUCACACACAAACCUCGCAAAGCUUUGACAUUGUUCAAGGCAUUCAGAGUCAAGUAGUUAUGCUCCACAUUUUCUCUAGUACUGAAAAUCAAACAAUUCUACCUCUCCUUCAAGCAUUAGACAUUGUCUCUGUGUAAUAUUUUUCAGCAUUUUAUUUUGAAGUAUAGAGGCAUUUA